ACGAUGGAAAGCGGAAAGCUUCAGGAGCUGGUGCUCCUUGGUUCAAUUACGUUCUACCUUAUAGUUACCCUUCUCAUUCUCAGCUACAUCACAGUCGGUCUACGGUUUUGGGUGCGAUAUCGCAUCACGAGAUCUCCAGGAUGGGAUGACGCCGCGAUGGCAGCGACGCUUAUGCUGUUUACCUGCUAUUGUGCAUUCAUACUCGCAAUCACCUUUCGCAGUUCUAACCGAAACCUCUUCAGCGAAGAGGCCAUUCACGUAACUUUAAUUUUUAUUCAACUAUCUGAAGUCUUCUACAUCCUCACUACAACAUUCCUCAAAGUCUCGCUGGGACUUUUCUUCCUCAGGGUUCUUACCAAGAAAUGGCAAAAGCUCAUAUUUCAUGUCAUCCUCGCCAUCAGUGCGACGUAUGGCCUCUACUACGUCUUCAUCGCCCUUUUUCAGUGCGGCGACCCAACACGCCUCGCCGACAGUCUGCUGUCACCAUCUUCCCCUAACUGCCUACCGUCUGCUCUUCUUCUUACCUCGGGCUACCUCUACGGCGUCAUCAAUGUUAUCGCUGAUUGGACAUUUGUCCUGAUUCCCAUCACCGUUCUACUGGACAGCGACCUCGACCGAAGAAGCAAGAUCAGCGUUAGUAUCGUCAUGGCGCUAGGUGCAGUAGGCAGCGUGAGCUCGAUCUUCCGGAUGGUCUACUUGAAGGGACUGGGCUUGCAUGCAGGCGGUCUACGAGCUGAAUCAGUAAAAGCAACAAUCUGGGCAACUGCUGAGCCAGGCACUGGCAUCAUCGCAGCCUCAAUCGCUAUUCUUCGCCCUCUUUUCCGCCAGAUAGCUUCUGACGUCCGGUCAAAAGCGUCUCACUACUCACACUCACGCAAGGGGUCUCAACAAUCCGAUGAUACCAUCGCGCUGACGAGUCAGGAAUCUGCUGCUCAAGCGAUGAAGAACAAGAGACGUAGCAUGUACAGACGACGCUGCUUCCACGAAUACUUCAUCACACACAUACCCUCGACGUCACUGCACCCCGACUCGCGAGUUGCGCAACCUGCGCUGCAUCACAAGCUCCCGCGCGACAAAAGCACGCCGUACAAUGCCGACGGGUCAGGUCGCUCGCCGGCUGCCGUCGUGGGCACGUCGCGCGAAAUGACCGUCGUACGCAUACCAUUGAAGAGCGCGAAACACCAUUUUGGCGUCUCGUUGUCGCGAGGAACGCGGCCAUACAACGAAGAUGCGUUCCAGGCAGGUACCAUUGAUCUCCCCGCAUUUGCACGGCGGCGACCUAUGUCUCUAAGCCGAAAGGGACGGAGCGCGGACAGCAGCGAAGUCACGCCGGACGUGGGUGCCAGUGGAGAUCCCCAAGUCUUCUACUUUGGCGUCUUCGAUGGACAUGGCGGCGCCGAGUGCUCUGGCUUCUUGAGGGAACAGUUGCACGACUACCUUGAGAAGGCGACCAAGCAAUUCGAGCUCAAGAGCAGUCUCGCGCGGGAAAGAACAGAGACGCAGUCUGGUUCUCCAAAAGCCAAAGGCGAGGCAUCUUCUGGCGAUCGAAGACAGAGGGACAAGGAGAGUUUGAACGCUAUCGAGACACAUACGCCACCAGGCACAAAAGCUAUGAAGCCGCCACAACCUGGAAGUAAAGACCAGCUGCCGACCGCCGGCUCCAAGUCUAUGGAUGGUCCAAUCGAUGGCGUCCCACCAGUGCGGCAGUCGGACAGCGUGCGGAAAGCUGAGGAGCUAGAACAGCACUUGGUCAAGCAAUGGAAGGAGCUUGUGGGUGGAUACUUUAGACGCUUCAAGCCAGAAUACUUUUCCAUGUCUGCAGGCGGACGCGGUCAUCCGGCGGAGAAAGAAGUUAUCGAGAAGCGUCAUACGAGCUCCCCAGCGAUACCUGACGACAUUAAAGAAGGCAUCGGAAUCGAAACUGUGUUAGAAUACGCUUUCCUCAAAGCCGACUACGAUUUCGUUGCUGCUCAGGUCGGCAAGAAGGAAGAGGACCCUGUCCGUGCGGACAAAGCUCUGAACGACGAUGACAUCCUAGGCCAGCCCUCGCGCACGACUACCAAGCACAUCGGGGGCACGAGUCGCUUCAAAGGAGGCAGCACGUGCAGUGUAGCUCUCAUCUCUACACCCACGCCGUCUCCCUUCUGGCAUCCUUCGUCUCCAUCCUCCCUCAUCACCGCUCACGUUGGAGAUACCAGAAUACUACUCUGUAAUACGGCAACAGGUCUGGCUGUUCCCUUGACAUCUAAUCACCACCCCUCCCUCCCCGAAGAGGCCACCCGCCUCCGCCGCUUCGCUGCCUCAUUUGUCACCGACUCCUUCGGUGAGGAACGCAUGUCCGGCCUCGCAAACACGCGUUCCUUUGGCGACAUGGCACAUAAACGCGUCGGGGUAUCUGCCGAGCCUGAGAUCCGUAGGAUAGAACUUUCGCCAGCAGAAUACUCGUUCCUCGUCCUGUGCUCCGACGGCGUGUCUGGGCACCUUUCUGAUCAGGAGAUAGUGGAUAUUGUUAAGGAAGCAAAGACACCGGAACAGGCUGCGAGAGACGUGGUUAGUUUUGCCACAGAGACUUCGACUGGCAGUGAAGGCGCGGACAACGCAACCGGUCUUGUCGUUCGAUUGGGCGGAUGGGAGAGGAGAGGAGAGGGAGGACUGGGCAGUUUGGGGACGAAGGAAAUGAGAGAUUGGAGGAAGAAGGAGGCGGAGGACCCUCGUGCUUCUGGGAGGAUGUGA